AUGUCAGUCGUGCAGUCGGCAUUGUAUUACUGCUGUAGCCGGCAAUUCAGCAAAACGAUUCCCACGAUUAGUGUUAAUCCAAAAAUUGGUAGAGCAGAUCAACCAGUAUGCAUCCUAGUUACAAAGCUCCCACCGUUAACACCGUUUACGGUAAGAUCUCGUGUCAUGGAUGAGAAAGGACGAACAUUUGAGGCUCAUGGUCACUAUACAGCAUCGUCCGACGGUGAAGUUUAUUUAGAUAAACACCCUUCAAUUGGAGGAACAUACACAGGUAUCGAACCAAUGGGGUUAUUUUGGAGUAUGGUACUAUCACCUGGACAGAAAAAAGGCAUUAGAUAUGUCAAGUUGGAUGUAACACAACCCAGUAACGUGGAAUUGUCUCUAUACCCUGGAUAUCUGGGCAUUAAUGAAUUGCAAGAUACAACGCCAGUAACGACAACAAGCAUUCUGCGUGUCUUCAUGGAAGAACACAUGGAACGAUUUGAAGUAAAAGUGGGCAGAGUUCGCGGCACAUUAAUCAAACCAAAAGGUCGUGGUCCAUUUCCGGGUAUUAUUGAUAUGUAUGGUGCACUCGGGGGUAUUUUGGAAAUGCGUGCUUCCUUGCUGGCUAACUAUGGUUAUGCUGUAUUGGCACUUGGGUAUUGUCGAUACAAGGACUUACCAGACAAUAUUUUAGAGAUUGACCUUGACUAUUUUGAGGAAUCCAUCAAUUGGUUCACUGGUCAAGAAUGUGUCAUGACUGGAGGCAUAGGAACAAUAGGUCUGUCAAAAGGAGCAGAGCUUGCAGUUACAAUGGCAGUAUAUGACAACAGUAAACUCGUCAUUAUAGAUGACAAUGCAUGUUGUUUGGAAAUCGUGGAUGAUCCUGUUGAUGAAGCUGUUUUUGAUUUCAGCAGAGUGAAAGCAGAGAUGUUGUGGAUUGCUGUUGGAGAUGACCUGCUUUGUAAAACUCCAUUUUAUGCAGAAGAAGCAAUCAAACAAAUUAGAUCACUUAACAAGUCCAAUUAUCGCUACUUAUACUAUCCAGGAGCUGGCCAUCUUGUUCAACCACCAAAUACGCCAUUUAGUGGUUUGUUCCCCUGUUGGUUUAAAAAUAUAAACGUAAUGUGUGGAGGGAGACCCAAGCCACAUGCAAGAGCACAAGAAGACAGCUGGAAACAUAUUCUUCAGUUUUUCCAAAAUAAUUUAAAAUCAUCAAGCAAAUUAUGA